GACACAAAAAUAAAACGCAGCAAAAGUCAGCAGCACAAUAUUUAAUGCCUGCCUAGUAACGUGUAAGAUUACCAAAGUGAAGACAGUGUAGAAUUACUGUCAGGAGCCAGAACCCCCCUUGAGUUUAUUCGUUGUAGAGGUUGGGUCUAGAUUGUGCGGCGAAAUAGCCCCCUUCGCUUUGAAGACGUUUUCAUUUAUCAACUGAUACCUAAAUUAAUACGAUACACCAUGCCUUGCGAUUUCAACGGUGUUUGGAAACAUGACAAGACUGAAAACUUUGAUGCAUUUCUGGAUGCUCUUGGAGUAAACGCCGCAAAAAGGAAGAUAGCAGCGGCUAUAACGCCAGUAAUGGAGAUAACACAGGACGGUGACAAGUUUGUGGUGAACGCGUCAGGGGGACCAGGAGGGGCCACAAAACUGGAGUUCACCAUAGGACAAGAAUUUGAGUCCGAGAUGUUUGGCCAUAAAAUGAAGAACAAGCCGAGUUGGGACGGUAACAAACUGAAGAUGAUUAUGACGCCCUUGGGUGAUCUGAAAGGUCCGAUAGUCAUCACCAGAGUGGUUCAAGGAGAUGAAUUAAAUCAGAGGAUGGAGGUUGGAAAUGUAAUAUGCACACGCAUCUUCAAAAAACAGUAGUCCCCGCCUAGUCAAGAAACACCCGGUUUUGACUAUUUAUCCGGAAAAAAGAUGAUCUGUGCUUGUUGUUCAGCCGUUUUAAUACUAGUCUGUGUUGAUGUUAGUUAUUUCAGAUAGCAGGGAUAAAUAUACGGACACUGCCCCAGGAACCGUUUUUUAAACACUUGAGGACGUUUUCUCGUAGAAUAUGGAAAACUAGAUUUCUCGUCUUCGAUGAGGAAUCGC